CUUGGGGCUUUCCCGGCAACCUUUGCGACUCCGACCACCAGCUACGUCCAUCUCGUUCAUCCUUAAACCGUCCCUCUCUUUUCCGUCCGUAGAUGGUUCUACGGUUCCUCUUUCAAUCGUGUUCGUCCCUCUCUCUUCGGAACGCAGACAGAGAAGUUUUCACGUGCGUGUACCAGAGGGGUCUUUCGACUGACCCUGCUCCAAGGGUGGAGCUUAAAAUAAGGGUGGUACCUCACGGCUUACCUACCCCAUCGAGAAACAGCAUUGGGGAUGAGAUGGAAGCGAAGGAGGAGAGAUAUGCGAACGAUGAGAAAGAGAGGAGCAAAAGCGACACGAGGUCCUAUCCGAGAGCCGAACAACUCGGUGUUAGUCGUAAUUUAAGUGCAAACGACAUCGGUCGUUUCGUGUCCUCAAGGUCGUGACAGGAAUCGAAAUCUCUGGAUCAGAGAAUUUUUUUUCAAUUUCUCCGGAAGUUAGGAUCGUCUGGACCGAAUCCGUUUACCGUAUCUGUAUGGAAUUGAGGGAAAGUGUUGGAAGAAAUUUUCGGAGGAAUUUUCUUAUUAAUCAGAACACGUGGUCCGUGGAAUGUGGUGAGGAGAAGUUAGUGUCUUCGAUGUGUCCAAGUGUCACCAAUGAAUUUCUAUGAUAGUGAACGUACGUCGGGGUUAUUUAGUAGAGUGCGUCCCUCGAGGAGGUGGUAGAAGAUGGCGCCUACUGUUGAGAGUCAUGGUCGACGUAUCAUCUUAGAAAGUGAUCCAUACGUUGGUAGUUGGAGACGGAAACAAGCUCAGAAAGGUAACAAUUCUUCUCCGGAUACUUUGGACCUGAGCUCCCACAAUCAUCAUCUGAACUCGAUCAACAAUUCAAUCGCUAGCACGUCCGGCCCACAGGAAGUAAUGAAGGAAAGAAGCAAAGACGCGGCGCGUAAGCGUCGCAUCAGCGAGAAUCAAGAAUUUUUGAAGCUUGCGAAGUUAUUACCUUUGCCCACCGCCCUCACCGCCCAAUUGGAUAAGGCCAGUGUCAUUCGAGUGACGACCAGUUACUUGAAGAUGCGAGCAUUGUUUCCACAUGGGCUUGGAGACGAAUGGGGUGCUUCGCAGCCAGCCAACAUCUCCCUGCAAAUCGCCCUCAAGGAGGUGACUAGUUAUAUUUUACAAGCUCUCGAAGGUUUCGUGUUCGUUUUGGCACCCGACGGCAAAAUCAUAUACAUAAGCGAAACAGCUAGCGUGCACUUAGGAAUGGCACAGGUGGACCUAACAGGGAACAGCAUCUUCGAGUAUAUCUACGACCACGACCACGACGAGAUGUUGUCGGUUUUAAAUUUACCACAAAGUCCAGCGGACCUUGCUGGUUUCACUUUUCCACCUCCAAAUUCGCGAGGUGAAAUCGAGCUGGAACGUAUGUUCAUUUUGAGAAUGAAAUGCAACUUGGCGAAAAGGAACGCGGGUCUGGUCACGGAAGGAUACAAGGUGAUACACUGUUCCGGUUACUUAAGGUGUAUCGUAGACGGUCCUGUGGGAUCGGAAUACGAAGAUGGUACCGGACGUUGUAUUCGAAUAAUCGGUUUAUUAGCCGUGGGUCAUUCUCUACCCGGACGUUCCCUAACAGAGAUCAAAUUGUACCAGAACAUGUUCAUGUUUCGUGCAUCGAUGGAUAUGAAGCUGAUAUUCGUCGACGCAAGCGUGUCGCAGUUGACCGGUUAUAAUCCACCGGAUUUGAUCGAGAAGACGCUCUAUCAUUAUGUGCACGGAGGGGAGAUGUGGACGUUGAAACAUGCCCAUCAAUUGUUAUUGCGCAAGGGCCAAGUGAUAACCGGCUACUACAGGUUCUUAACAAAAUGCGGAGGAUGGGUCUGGAUGCAAUCGUACGUCACGAUCGUCCACAACUCGAGAAGUUCUAGACCUCAUUGUAUAGUAUCAGUGAAUUAUGUGCUAUCGAAACCGGAGUACACCGAUUUGGUGUUGAACUACGAACAAAAAUCCUAUCGUUCGAACCUGAGCGAUCCACCAAGCGCCCCUAUGCUCACGCCCACCACCAGCGGAAGCACAAACGAUCUAGACAACCGCAGCCCCAGUUCACCGGCCUUUCGGAACAGAUCAAAAGAAUCGCUGGACAACGAUUAUGCGAACGGCAACGCGUACCCCAGUCCAGAGUACGUUGAUCUGACUAAUCACAGUCAUUAUCUGUCGCCUCCUUAUCAGGCGCCGACCGUGAACAGCAGCCCUCACGAGGACAACUCCAAUUACAAUUCUGAUUGGUUUUAUCAAUACGGAGAUAUGCAUCAAGAGCCGCUCACCUCGGUGCCUCAGCAGGAGUCCCAGCAUCCUCAUCCGUUGCACCAUGCCAACUCGCCGUCGAACCUGCAACAACAUAGUCCUCAAAAUGCUCAACAAAAGCACCAACAUUCUCCUCACCUAUUGGACCAUCCAACGCCUCCGGCGAGUCUCCCCCAGCCUCAACCGCAGCCGCAGCAACAGCAACAGCACAGUCCCCAAAGUAGUCAACAAAAUAGACCAUACUCGACUUCCUCCAGUUCCUGCUGCAGCACAGACGCCAUGGACGCCCAUCUACCCAGUCCGUUGAGCCUCUACUCUCUGCCACCUGGUUAUCAUCCUUACUACCAUCACUACAUGCCCGAUUCUGCGCCCCCGAAUCUGAACGAGGUCGGUGGUGUGAUCAUGUACCCUAAUUGUGGGUCGAACAACGAUGGUCCCAAUGCUGCAGCGAACACAAACGCCACUGGUAACGCGCAAUCCUACGAAUCCACCUAUCAGCCACACUCGAGUCACUAUAAUUCAAACAACAAUCCUGUGAAACAUUCUUACCAUCAUCUAGAACCUACGGCAGCAGGUUACACCAGUGUGAUCGUGGACUCCCAACAGUACAGCCCCAGCUCGGUACAGGACCUGAUCCACUAUCAGCAUCAUUACGAAGCACAUCACCAGUUCGUUCACUGA